AUGUCGUUCUCUGUUAACUGUCGAAACUGUCAAGAGAACUGUGAAGCUCUGUCCCAGUUACACCCCCAGUCCUUAGUCGAGAGAUUUGACAGUCCCAACCCUCUGGAUUGGGGAGUGGCUGGUGUCCCCCGGGGGCUAAAAGGUCCACACGACACUGGAAACUCUCGGUCAUUGACUGGUGCACUGACUGAAGAGUCCAUACGCAGACUGGAAACUCUCAGUCUGUCAGCGUGUCUGGUCUCAGAAGAAGGCUGUACUUCUCUGGUGUCCGCUCUGAGCUCCAACCCCUCCCAUCUAAGAGUGCUGGACUUGAGCUACAAUCAUCCAGGAGAGUCAGGAGUGAAGCUGCUUUCAGCUGGACUUAAAGAUCCACACUGGAGACUGGACACUCUCAGGACGGACCAUGGUGGACCACAGAGACUGAGACCUGGUGUGAGGAAGUAUGUCUGUGAACUGGAACUGGACACAAACACAGUACACAGAAAACUCAAACUGUCUGACAGCAACAGAAAGGUGACAUGUGUGGUAGAGGAUCAGUCAUAUCCUGAUCAUCCAGACAGGUUUGACUCCUGGUCUCAGCUGCUGUGUAGAGAUGGUCUGACUGGUCGAUGUUACUGGGAGGUCGAGAGGAGAGGAGUGGUUCAUAUAUCAGUGAGUUACAGAGGAAUCAGAAGGAAAGGAAGUAGUAAAGACUGUGUGUUUGGAGGAAAUGAUCAGUCCUGGAGUCUGGUCCGCUCUGAUCGUGGAUACUCUGUCUGGCACAAUGACAGAAGAAUAGACCUCACGUCCUCCUCUGUCUCUAACAGAGUAGCAGUGUAUGUGGACUGUCCUGCUGGCUAUCUGUCCUUCUACACAGUCUCCUCUGACUCACUGAUCCACCUCCACACCUUCUACACCACAUUCACUCAGCCACUCUAUCCUGGGUUUACGGUCUGGCCUGGUUCCUCAGUGUCUCUGUUUCCUCUGCAAGACUAAGAGUCUCUCCUGUGGACAGAAACCCUGACUGAAGAUCAGCUGCUGAAAUCAAAGUUCAGUCUGUUCACCAUCACACACUCCAGACCAAACAUGAAGAAUUUGUGCCUAUAAAUCACAUGUUAGUUCAACCCUUGGAGUCCAUCUAUCUCUACGCUCCUUUUCCCACCCAAUCCCAAACUUUCACUUGUUUAGUGGUCUACAACUGGUUAGUUUUCUGCAGAUUUAAAAACAAGCCAACCGGUAAAAUGACUUUCAUUUAAUGCAAUCAAUAGAUUCUCUCAGACAUCCAUCUCUAUUCAUACUGUCACACAACAAUAUGGGUAUGGAUCCAUUAGAUCUUAUCUUGUAUCUUUCUAUGUGAAGCACAUUAUGAUUCUACCUGUGAAAUGUGAUCUUUAACUAAAGUUAUGCAGAAUUAAUCUUAAAGCCGCAAUGAUUCAGUAGAAAAACUUAAAUUUAUGUUUAACAAUUGUUUUAUAAUUCAUCAUCCUCUUUAUAUGUUUCUAAAAACACUGAAGUAUAUGUUGCCAUGUUUUGCUGGCUGUACUCUGCAUUUUGCUUGAUUGAAAAUGGGG